GCAGGGGAGCCAGCCAUGCUCCGGCAGCUGGCGAUUCGGGGUGCAAAGGCCGAUCCAGCCGGCCGGGAAGCCUUCGAUGGGGCCCACCAGGCCCGAGCGGCGGCGAAGACAAGUCUGGCGUGUCUGUAAUCAAGGGGCGUUCCUCGCCGUGUGUGGUUCCUUUCCAGCGCCUGGCUCUGCGCCUUUAAAUCCUCCCCCCAUUGUUCCCAUCUCUUGUGGUUUGAAGCAUUUUAUCCCAGAGCAGGAGGGAUCUUUUCCCCCUACCAUGUGCAGGCAGGGAAAGAAACCGUGGGCUGGAUUUAGCAGCAGAUUUCAGAGAUUUCCCCCCCUCUCCUUGAGAGAAAACUUCUGGGCCUCCCAGAGGUGGAUUUCCCUGCUUGGACUCGCCAGCCAGUUGGAUUUCGAAGAAACGGAGUGAACGUCCAGCUUGGCUUUUGUUAGGCAAUAGCCCUUGCAGCUGAGGCCGAAGUGAGAAACCAGCCACCACCUAGUUUGAAACCAACAAAUCAGAGUUUACACCUGGUUUGGAACUUAGGAAUCGGAGCUUCCAGCUGGUUUGAAACCGAGAGAUCCUGGUUGACAAUUGGUCUGACGCUUCCAAAGCAAGAGAUCAGAGUCUACGAGUGAACUGAAACCGAGACAGCAGCCGAUACGGCAGGUUUGUGACUUGGGAGCUUACAACCAGGCUGAAGCUAAGAAGGCAAGAAAUCAGGACUGGUUUGAAACGGACGACGCCAGCAAUCAGCGCUCGCGGCUGCUGGGGAGCUGAACACGGGAGUUUACACCGGAUUUGAAAGGCACGAAAGAAGAAUUCGGAGUUGCUGACCAGUCUGGAUCUUCCUCCCAAGCAGCAGAAAAUAAAUUGGAGCCUGACUCCAAGAAGCGGUGACGCCCGGCUCCCAAUGAGCGAGCUCUCCCUGGAGGAGAUGGGUGGUGACAACUGAUGGGAACCCUCCGAGGAGCAGAGCAGAGGGGAGAGUUUCCGAGGCAGGAGUCGGCCGGCCCAGGCGCCGUGGCCGGGGCAGGGAGAGACCCGCGAGUGGAGUCGAGGGAUUGACUGAAGACGAGGAGGAGGAGGUCGCAUUUGGCUGGGAACGGUUGCCAGCGCGGCCCACACGAAAUCAGCUCUUGGCAACCGACUAAACCCUCCCGGGAGCGAAGAGGUUGGGGUUUGGCCAAGCCUGAGCUGGGGGAGCAGCUGCCUGUUGCCGUGGCUGCAGGGCAGCCCCCCCCAGUCCGGAGGAACCCCUGGAUUUCGUUUUGGACGAGGGCUGCCCGAGGCCUUGCUGCGUGGCUCAGCCUGCGUGGAUGGAAAUCCCACGUGGGCUGGGUGUUUUCCCACCGUCCUCGCUCUGGUUUCAUGGGCGGAGAAGGGGGUAGCGGAUUUUGCAGCAAGCCGGUGGUGCGUGGGGUCCAGUGAGCCGGCCCCCAGACCCCAGCCUUGGAGAAAACGGCCCCCGACCUGUCCCAUGCCUCCAGCCCCACGCUGACGGGGGAGCAGGCGUCUGCGCCCCCCUGGCGAAGGAGACCCACCCUCCGCUCUCUUGCCAGCCUCCGGGUUGGGAUCGGACACCCCUGGCUGACGAUGUGGCCCGAGAUCCCCGGGGCUCGUGGGGGCCUGGGGCCGGCUCUUGGGGGGGACUGAGUCCCAGAGAGGGGGGAGGGAGGGCUGCAGACAUGCAGAGGACCAGUAUGAUCGGGAUCCCAAGCCUGGAGCAAGCCGGAUCCUUCUCCCAGCAGUUCAAGGCCACGCGGUUCUCCUAUCACCUGGAGAGCGGGGCUGGCGGGCACCGAGCUGGCCCCCCGGGCCAGGGCUCCCGGCGGCUGGUCAAGAGUCUGUCCCUGGAGCCGCGAAGCGAACCCUGGCGUCCGGAGACUGCCCAGCGCCUCAGCUCAGACCCUGGGCCCCACAGCGACGGGGGGGAGCCCCGAACUGCCCUGCCCAGGCGGGCCCCGGGCCCCAAACCACAGGUCCCGCCCAAGCCAGGUCACCUCCAGAGCGACCAUCCCCCGCGGCCCCCGCCCCCCAUCCCCCCACCCCCUUCGCGCCCCCUCCCAGCCAACCCCCGCCUGGGCCCCCGGAGCCCCCUGACGCUGCACCCCGAGGCCCAGGAUGGAGCUGGCUCCAUGGCCGUCUUGUCCCUCAUUGAGAAGUUUGAGAGGGACCCUGUAAUCCCAACCCCAGAGCAGCCACCCCCCCCCCACCAGCCCGGACCCCCUGACCCCUGGGGAGGCCAGCGCAGCAGAUGUAACCCCCAAGCUACUGGCGCUUUGGGAUCUGCCGGGGGGCAGGAGUUGGGACCAGCCGGGCGGGGGGACCAGGCCCCCUGCCUGCCUCCCCCGGCCCCCAGCGGGAAACUGGCCAACCGGGACAGCGGCUUUGACAGCAUCAGCUCCCCCUCCACCAGCGAGGAGCUGGGCUUCGGGGGGGACGAAGUGCAGGGCGACGGGGGGGGCAUCCCGGGCCCCCCCCCCAGCCCCGACUCCGAGGUGGACAGUGACCUGGACGAGGGGAGCGGGGACGACGGGGAGCCGGGGCCGGGUACGGGGCCCACCCGGGCCGAGAGAGACAACGGGCCGGAGCUCACAGCCCCCCAAAAAGCCUUCCACAUCGCCAAUGAGCUGCUGCAGACAGAGAAGGCUUACGUCGCCCGGCUGCACCUGCUGGAUCAGGUGUUCUGUGCGCGUCUCCUGGAGGAAGCCCGCAGCAGAAGCUCUUUCCCUGGUGACGUGGUGAUGGGGAUUUUCUCCAACAUCUGUUCCAUCUACUGUUUCCAUCAGCAGUUCCUGCUGCCCGAGCUGGAGAAGCGCAUGCAGGAAUGGGACAGGCACCCCUGCAUCGGGGACAUACUGCAGAAGCUGGCGCCGUUUCUCAAGAUGUACGGGGAGUAUGUCAAGAACUUCGACCGGGCCAUGGAGCUCGUCAACACCUGGAUGGAGCGAUCCGCCCACUUCAAGCUGAUUGUCCACCAGAUCCAGAUGGAGGAGGCCUGCGGGAAUCUCACCCUGCAGCACCACAUGCUGGAACCCGUCCAGAGGAUCCCCCGUUACGAGCUUCUGCUCAAGGAUUAUCUGCAGCGCCUGCCCCCUGGCGCCCCGGACAGCAAGGACGCAGAGAAGUCUCUGCAGCUGAUUGCGACGGCAGCGGAGCAUUCGAAUGCCGCCAUCCGCAAAAUGGAACGGAUGCACUCCUUGCUGAAGGUGUAUGAGCUGCUGGGCGGGGAGGAGGACAUCGUUAGCCCCACUAACGAGCUCAUUAAGGAAGGCCACAUCCUCAAGCUGUCGGCCAAGAAUGGGACCACACAGGACCGGUACCUGAUCCUGUUCAACGACCGGCUGUUGUGCUGCGUCCCGAAACUGCGCCUCCUCGGCCAGAAAUUCGGGGUCCGGGCCCGGAUCGACGUGGAGGGGAUGGAGGUGAAGGAGUCAAGCGGCGUCAACCUGCCCCGGACCUUCCUGGUGUCAGGGAAGCAGCGCUCGCUGGAGCUGCAGGCGAGGACGGAGGAGGAGAAACGCGACUGGAUCCAGGCAAUUCGGGCCACGAUCCUGAAGCUGGAGCAGAUGCCAGUGGGAGCUGCCCCCCGGGAAGAGGAAGAGCCUUGGGCUGGAUCGCCGGGCCGGGAGCUGGGGCGCCGGGCGCCGACGCCGAUCCGGGAGAAGGAGGUGACGCUCUGCAUGCGGUGCCAGGAGCCCUUCGCCGCCCUCACCAGACGCCGUCACCACUGUCGGGCCUGCGGCCGCGUGGUCUGCGGGAAAUGCUCCGAGUUCCGGGCCCGGCUUCUCUACGACAACAACCGGCCCAACCGGGUCUGCGGGGGCUGCUUCGCCGCGCUGCACGGCCCCCCCGGGCCCCCCGGCCCCCCACCGCGCCGCCGCUCCAUCCUCGAGAAGCAGGCGUCGGAGGCGGCCGAGCGCAGUGUCGUCUGCAGCUUCCUGCACUACGUGGAGCCGGGCGCCAAGGCCUGGCACAAAGGCUGGUUCGUCGUCCCGCAGAGCGAGCCCCUGGUGCUCUACCUGUACGGGGCCCCCCAGGAUGUGAAGGCCCAGCGCAGCCUCCCACUGAUCGGCUUCGAGAUGAUGGGCCCGGACCCGGGCACGCGGCUCGACCGGCGUCACUCGUUCGCCAUCCGCCAGAGCCAGCUGUGCUGGCAGUUCAGCGCCGAGUCGGAGGGGCUGCAGCGGCGCUGGAUGGAGGCCCUGAGCCGGGCCGGGCGGGGGGAGCUGCCCCCCGCGCCCAGGCCCAUCCCCGAGGCUGAGGAGGGGGCCGAGGGCACCUGACGGCGGCGCUGGGGGGCUUGACUGGACACUGUCCCCCAACGAACGAUAUUUGAACUGUCCUCAGGCACUUUGAGACGCCCCCUCGCGGGGCAUCGCCUCAGCGCUUGGCCCCCGGACGUCUGGGCUCCUGGCAAGCCCCCCCCGGGGGCACUGGCUUCCAUCCCGCCCUGGGGCAGGGAUUGGCUGACUGGGGGGGGCAGGGAAUGGGGCCUGUCCCUCCCCCUCCAUCCCUUCAUGCACCAGGCAGAACCCCACACGUGCAGGCCCAGCCGUUACCUGGUGUAACCCC